AAGAUGGCCGCCAAUCACGUCAUCAGUCACUUCUGAGGUGACGAAGUAAUUCACAUAAAGACCUGUAGAGGGCAGCAACACGCCUAAGAUCGCCCAGUCUGCCGAAAAUUCAAGAGAAGAAGAAGUCAUCAGUCACAGUCAGUCAUCACACGAGGCCAAGCUGACGACAUGUCCUGGAAAGGAGUCCACCGGAGGACAACCGCCGCCUUCCCGGGAGAGGAGGACGAAGACGACCAGGACGAGACGGUGAAUAAAGUCCAGCGUUUAUUUAAAGAGGAAGAGGAGAAGGCAGAAGCUGAAGACAAAGUCGAUCCAAGCUUGCUGACUGAUGACCACCUGAAGGCUGCUUUGCUCGCACAUGGCGUCAAAAUUGGACCUAUUGUGGACACAACCAGGUGGUUUUAUGAGAGGACGCUGAGGAGGCUCCAGGAUGACGGAGAGAAGACGUCAACCAUCGAAACAAUCGUCUUGUCUUCUGACAGUGAGGACAACCAAGCAGAUUGUGAUGGACAAGAAGAGGAAGAAGAAUGCAGCAAGCAUGCUGUCACUCGCAGCUCCCAGCAGAAAGUUAGCAAACCUGCGUCGACGUUUGAAACCAAGGUCUUGGCUGGAUCCAUCCAGAGUUGCACUUCUCCCACUGAGAACUUCAGCAUCACUCAAAUGGUCGAAGAGAUGGAGGGUCGGAGGUCAAAGGUGAAUGACUGCGUAAUACGCCGACGUUGGUCUUCGUCCGACUCCGUGGACAUGACGGCAGGUGUGGACGAGAGGAGGCAAUCCCAACACCUUACUCCAAUGGUGUCACUUUCUGAAAGACAAGAAAAGGAGUUACUUCCUGACAUUACGACCACACCCACGGCCAUCAGCGUGGCCUGUCGCAGGCCCAUCAAGGGUGCGGCGGGACGUCCCGUGCGGUACCAAAGAAGGCCAGUCAGUCCCAGGACGGAGGACAGGAAGGAAGUGGAGUGUGGCUUGGUUCCCGUUCAGGUCCAGUUUGUGGUGUUUGUGUUCUUGGCUGUGCUGCUCUUUGUUGUUGAAGACCAGUCUCUGAGUCCACUCCUGGUCCUGGUCUACAACCUGGUGACCUCUCUCUGCAACACGGAAUCAAACCUGCAGGAGACUGUAGCACUGUUAGGGCAGGACUAAAUGUUGACUUAAAAUAUCAAUACAUUUUUCAAUAUUUUUAAAACUUGUUUCAAUAAAGAUGUUGUGGUUUUGUACCAAGGUGUCCAAAGUGUGGCCCAGGGGCCAUUUGCAGCUACCCUUUUAGGACAUUUUAAACAUACUAUUAUGUAAUGUGAUGUAACAAAAAUGUUGAAAACAAUAACAAAAAGCUGCAAUAUAAACAGUUUUUUUACUUUAAAACUGCCAAGUAGCUCCAAUGACUUCACAUCAAAUAUUACAUUUGGACUUUUUGGGGAAUAUUGCAUAUUUUGUUUGCCAUAAAAAUAAAACAAAGUUUUAUUUAACAAAAAUGGCAUCAAACAUAACAAAAAUAACUUAUUCACAGAUAGAUCUCAAUUUGAUGCAGAGAUUUAAGUGUUAAAAUAUAUUUUGAUAUAACCUAUUACUUUUAAAGAGUGGGGGGCUUUUAGGAUCCCCAAGAUCAUUACCAGUAGUCUGUUUUUUUAAACUGUAAUUGCUCCAAAACUAAUGAACCAAAAGCAACGUUUUGAAUUAUUUACCAAAUUAAGGCUCCAAUUACUUAACAUAAAAUUUAUUUUAAUAAAUUUUACAUAUUUUGUGGUUGUGCCACAAAAAAGGGUUUCUUUGGGGGGAAAAUAGCAUAAUGUGACAAUCUCAUGUUUUAUUUUCUGCAUUUGUUUUGUUUGGCGCUCAGUUUAGUUCCACUUCCUGUCUCUCUUAGCGUGUUGUCGGUGACUGUCAGCCUGGGCACACCUGGUUGUAGUUGCCAAUCAGGCGCUUAUAAAUACCUGCCUCGCUCUCAUCAGGACUAGUUUGUUUGCUGCUUUAUUGCACAUCCCUUGUGAUGAUUCAAAUAUUUCAUUACAAUACUUACCUGUAUGUUAUCCUGUCUCCUGCACCUUGGGGUCAUAACUACUGCAGCCAUGCCAGUUGGUGACACAAACAUACAAAAAUAUGUGACAGAGAUGUAGGACCGGGAGGUGGAGAGAAAGGUGGGUUUUUUUCCAAUUUUUUUUUCUGUUUUUUUGGGGGGGGGGCUGUAUUAUAUUGUUCCUAUCAAAUGUAUAAAUAUAAAAAAUAAAACAUACAAAAAUAACGUUAUGGCAAUGGAUAGACAUGAAGUUCCAUCCAUCCAUUUUCUACCGCUUGUCCCUUUUGGGGUCGCGGGAGCCUAUCUCAGCUGCAUUCGGGCGCAAGGCGGGAUACACCCUGGACAAGUUGCCACCUCAUCACAGGGCCAACACAGAUAGACAACAUUCACACUCAC